CGGAGCGGGGACGCGCCGGGAGCUCCGCGGGCGGCGCGGCCGGGCCGGGAGAGGCGGAGCGAAGAGAAGCGAAGAGAAGCGGACCGAGUGCGGCGGCGGCCGGAGCCCGGCGGGGGGAAAGUGCGAGGAGCAGCGCAGGCUGUCGUGCCUGCUCGCCUGCCUGCGGAGCAACGGGGACGGAAUCCGCAGCAAUCAAGGAGUCACACUGUGUUCAAGUUCAGAAGUGUUUUACACAUGAACUCUACUGGCUCUCUAGCUGAUUCUGCCCUGUCACCAUCUCAACAGAGUUGGAUUUACAGUCAUGGAGGAACAUCAGCAACACUUACACUGUGUGAACUGUGUCAGCCGUCGUUGUAUGACCAGACCAGAGCCGGGCAUUUCCUGUGAUUUGAUUGGCUGCCCCUUGGUUUGUGGAGCAGUUUUUCACUCAUGUAAAGCUGAGGAACAUCGCAUGUUAUGUCCACUUGAAAGAGUGCCUUGUUUGAAUAGUGGCUUUGGAUGUCCCUUCAUAGUAGCCCGAAAUAAAAUUGCUGAUCAUCUAGAAGUUUGUCCUGCAAGUGUGGUAUGUUGUACCAUGGAGUGGAAUAGAUGGCCAGUCAGUUAUGCUGACCGAAAAUCUUAUGAAAACCUGAGUAAAGAUGUUGAUGAAGUGGAGCAGCUAGAUAUGGCUUUAGCUCUUCAAGACCAGCGCAUGUUAUUAGAAUCACUUAAAGUAGCAACUAUGAUGUCAAAAGCAGGUGAUCAAAUACCAGAAUCCAGAGAGCAAACCUCUGUCAAAUCAAGUGCCCCCGAUACAGUGCAUACCAAUGGUUUGAUGCCUGUAGAUGAAGAGUCCUAUGGUGCACUUUAUCAAGCUACUGUAGAAACAACGAGGAGUUUAGCUGCUGCUCUGGAUAUCCUGAACACUGCUACAAGGGACAUUGGUAUGUUAAGUUCAAACCACUGCAUUUCACCACAUGAAAUGAAAGAAGAUCCCAAGAUUAAAGAACAAGCUUCUAGUGGCGUUAUUCAGGAUAAAAAGUCUGACUCUGAAAAUCCAGAUGAAGAUGUAGGAGCGGUUGGGGGAAUUAACUUUGAUAGCGUGAGUCAAAAUUCACAAACAGAGCAAAAUGGUUCUUGUGAUAUUUGUUAUGAUGUAGUGCAAAACCAUGACUUAAAUCUAAACCUCAGUAACUCCUCUCUUUUGUGUAACGGCUUUCAUGUAGAAAAUGAAUGUUCAAAGGUGUUGGGCCACAGUGAAGAUCUUGGUGUAUCAAAUUCAAAACCAUCUAGUGUAGCAAAUGGUGAAUGUACUGCGUCUCAUGAGGAUGAAGCAUUACAGUCUUGCAGCUCCUGCCCUGUAACAGCACAAGUUGAAGCAACACCAGCUGAUCACUUAGUUAAUGGCAAUGCUAGUCAUGUACUACUUCCCCAUAAUGCUAAUGAAGAAGAAAUGUUAGAGAGACAAGUAGAGCAAGAAAGACUGAGAAACAUAGAUGCAUUUUCACUUUUACGGCAUCGAUCAUACAGAUUCCUUGUUAACCAUUAUUGGUCAACACCAAAAGAAGACAAAGCUGUUGAUACAUCAGAUUUGGAGAUAACAGAAGAUCCUAUGGGUCUUCAGGGAAUUGAUCUAAUCACUGCAGCUCUGUUGUUUUGCCUAGGAGAUUCUCCCGGAGGUAGGGGGAUAUCAGAAAGUCGCGCUGUUGAUGUGUAUCAUGUUGACUUUGGGACCCAAACAUUUUCUCUCCCAUCUGCUAUACUGGCCACAAAUACAAUGGUGGGGGAAAUAGCUUCAGCUUCUGCAUGUGAUCAUGCCAACCCACAGCUCUCAAAUCCAAGUCCAUUCCAGACCCUUGGAUUGGAUUUGGUAUUGGAAUAUGUGGCUAGAUACCAAACAAAACAGCGUUCAAUGUUUACAUUUGUUUGUGGACAGUUGUUUAGAAGGAAUGAAUUUUCAUCCCAUUUUAAGAAUGUGCAUGGAGACAUUCAUGCUGGCCUUAAUGGCUGGAUGGAGCAGAGGUGUCCUUUAGCAUAUUAUGGGUGCACAUAUUCUCAACGAAGGUUUUGCCCUUCAACACAAGGGGCAAAAAUUAUUCAUGACCGCCACUUACGGUCAUUUGGAGUUCAGCCUUGUAUAUCCACAGUAUUAGUAGAACCAGCAAAAAGCUGCUUAAUUGGACUACACAAUGACCAUCUGAGUAGUCUACCUUUUGAGGUGCUGCAGCAUAUUGCUAGUUUUCUAGACGGCUUUAGUUUAUGUCAGCUCUCAAGAGUGUCACGUUUAAUGAGAGAUGUGUGUGGAAGCUUACUUCAAGCACGUGGAAUGGUGAUACUGCUUUGGGAGAAGAGAAAGUGCCCAGAAAGAAGUUCUUGGCAGGUAAAAGAAAAGGUUUGGCGCUUCAGUACAGCCUUUUGUACUGUGAAUGAGUGGAAGUUUGCUGACAUCGUGAGCAUGGCUGACCACUUGAAGAAGUGUAGCUACAAUGCUGUGGAGAGAAGAGAGGAGGCUGUGCCGCUGCCAUGCAUGUGUGUGACACGAGAGCUCACCAAGGAGGGACGGUCACUGCGCUCUGUUUUGAAACCUGUACUUUAAGUACUGCAGCCACUCCAAUUGCACAUACACUCAAGCACCUGAUAUAACCUCGGUAAUAUUAUGAGACACUUUAUUAAUGUACUAAAGAUACUUUCUAGCUAAAUGUACUCUGUCACUGUGUAUAUAAGGUUUGAAGUGACAUUUAUUUUUUAUAAUACUGUUUAGCUGGAAAGUAAUGAAAGUUGCCUUAACGUUUGAAAAAUUCGGAACUUGCUGGACAGGGUAGUUUUAUCUAACUUAUGUAAUUUAAGAACAAAAUCCUACGGUGUGUUUUCUGAUUCACUGGUGCCCAUGUAGCUGUUGACUGAUAACAUUUCAAAAAUGGCCUCUAAAUGGUAUCCACAUUUGGAUAGGAAACACUGAAUUGUAGUGAGAGAAAAGUCCUGUCCAAAUCCUGUACCUUCUGUGUCUGGUCUUUUUUUUUUUUUUAAACAAAUUAUAAUCCAAAUAUUUGAAAGAUAAGGAAGAAUUCAAAACUUUAUAAUAGAUGUCUCAAACACAGCUUUUAAGCACAUUUUUUCUCAUGAAAUCAGUGUUCUACUGCUCUUCCUAGUUAACACGUGAUCUAGGAUCAGCUUUUUUUUUAAAAAGUGGUUUUUUUUAGUAAUGAUCUAAGUGAACUCAGAUUUACAGCAGCUUAAUUUUUAGUACAACUUUGUUUUGACAUGUCAACAAUUGCUAUUUUUUCUUCUGAACUCUUAACAGUUGUUUUACUUCUGGGAGGAAAACUUUUAGAGCUAAAACAAUGGAAUACUAGUUUUUACUCUCACACCUGAAAUGAUAUCAAUGUCAAAUGUUCAGAACAUUUUUCCUUGUCCUGCAGUUGGCUGAGGGUUAAAUUGCUUGAGCAGUCAGAAAUUCAAACUACGUGACAAACAGUUACGAAUUUAUAGUGCAGCUAAUGAAAGGGCUUUACUUGUUCUGUGGUAUUGUGACAUGUGUUGUCUCCUUUUCUGUUAAUUAGUCUAUAAAAAUGCUGCUUUUUUAAGGAGCAUUUUAAAUUACUGGUAUGUAUAGCAAAUGUAUCAUCUUCAUAAGAUGAGACAUGAUUUGUUAAUUGCAUAAGGCAUAUCAGAAACAUUAUGUUAAUCCACAUUUGUUAAACCAAUAACUCCAGUUCGCUUCCAGUCUUCCAUAAGAAAAGAUCUUAUGAAGUGUUUGUGAACAGAGAAUACAUGCUAUGAAAAAUGGCCUGGUACAGCAAAACUUUAAUAACUUGAACUGACUUUCCAACUUGUUUGUAUUACUGUGAGUCUCUCUUGCCUGUUGCACUUAGCAACUGUGCCACAAAACUAAAACAGAAACAGACCAGAGCUUGGAACAAUGAAAUACAGUGUGUAUUUCCAUUAUAGGGAAAAAAAAAAAAAAGAGAUUAGUAAGGAGGAGAUGUUUACAAAAUGGCUAAAUUUAUUACUUGUAAUUUCUGUACCGGACACUCGUUUAUGGCUAAUCUGGCUGCAGUUCACAGCUUUGGUAUCUGUGCAUUUCCCAUUCUGGAUUCAGUCCAGAUAAACAUUCACUGCCUUUUUUUCUAUUCAGAGUGCUACAGGUGCCCAGAAAAAAAAAAAAAAAAACAAAAAAACCAAAAAAAAAACCCCACCAACAAAAACUAAAAGAAACCUAGUUCUUCAGUGCCAUGAGUUGAAAUUAUAAGAACUCAAAUAGAAGUUUUGCCUUUUCAAACUGCAUGUUCUCAUUCCCCAACUUCUCUUCUUUGUUGUGUAAAGAGAAGAAAGGAGUAAACCCUCUACAGAAGUUAGCAACAUUUGCAGUAAUUCUUAGCUGUUACCACAGUUAUCUGGAAAGGAGCAUCUAGAUUCAGGUACAGAUCUGACUAUACCAACUGGGUUUUAGGUAGGAAUCUUACACCCCCAGCCUGGUUCUUCAAAUGUAUUGAAAUGCUCAUUACCAACAAAUUCUUCAGUACUAGGCAGGUGACAACUUUCAUCAGUUCUUGUCUUUCAGCUCUAAAGGCUCCAUGCUGCUGCUCUUCAGUGUUUAAAAGUAGUUGUGUGACUGGAAGGAUCCUGAAAGUAGAGGAGAUAAUGCUCGCAUUUAUGGCUAAAUCUACUUCAAAACAUCUGUCUUGGGUUACUGGUAUUUUUUAGUGAGCAAUGUGGUGGUUUUGGUACUCUGCAUUCUUUGUAAAUUCCCAGAACCCUGAUAAGUAUGGUAGGCAGGCACGUGUCUUGGUGCUUAUGGAAAAGAGGAUGUUCAGAUAGAGGAACUGGUGUUAGAACCUCGCUUGUAGCACAGUGCAGAACUACAUUUAAAGUAUCAUCAGUUGUUGAUCCAUUAAAAUGAAUUUUUAAAGUACUCUUUUUAAGAAGUAACACUAUUUCUCAAUACAUGCACUUUUAUUUUCAAAUGUAGAUACAGGCUUUUUUGUUAAAUUAGUUUAUUUUUUAUGAGAAUCCAGAGCUAUUAAAAUAUCAAUGUUGUAAGCAACAUAUCUGCCUUGUAAACUGCUCCAAAUGCAGAAAUACAGUAUACGUAGGAUAAAACAUUUUUUUUUUUAACACUGCUAUGCAGUUUGUAAAACAUCUGUGGUGUAUAGUCAGUCUAUCAAAAUGUGACCUGUUCACAUUUGCCCUUGAAUUUUAAAAAUGUCAUAUUCCUUUCCUGGUACAUGUUCCAUACAUAGACAGCUGUCCCAGACUUUCUUUUACUUGAUACCACAUUGCUACUUUGUUUAAAAUAUUAUGUUUUCAAUCAUUAUGCAAUUUUUUUUCAAUGUCUGUUGAAAUCUUAAUAAAACUUUUGGAGUUUC